UAAACUUAUGGGUUCAUAUCUACUAUUUAUUAUAAUUUUAGUAAUUUUUUAUACAUAAUUAAUUUAUGUUCUGCAUUAAAAAUACUGAUUCAGUUGAACCCCGAUAGUUGUAUGGUGCAUCCGCUUAUUUCCCGCCAAAACAACAAAGAAACCUCUCUUUUUUCCACGCUACAAUCCAACUUGUUCGUCAAAUCAUUCUAUUUAUAGCGCUGCAACUUUUCCACUUUACUACUCCAUUUAAAUAGUGGUUACUAUUCACUCCCUAAAAGUCUAAAAAAAACCCUAUAAAUUCAUUCCCUCUUUGUCACAAAAAUUACUCUUUUUGCUGCUACUAAUUUCAUCUUCCAACCAGUUCUUGAUCUCUCUUUAAUCUUCUACAAGAUUAAUGUUCUAAUCCUGUUUUCUACAAAACUUCAACUUAUCCCAUCCUAUGAUAAGAAAUCCAGUCAUUUCUCCUAUGGAUGUACCAAAAACAGUUAAACUUUCCCAACACAUAGUCACUAAAAACAAACACGUUCCUGAGCAAAACGAUAACUCCAACUUCCACUCUAAGUUUUCACAGAGAGUUGUUCGAAUCAUACUUACAGAUGCUGACGCAACUGAUUCCUCGGGCGACGAGGGACAAGAUACUGUACGGAGAGUGAAGAGGCACGUGACGGAGAUCAACCUCAUGCCAUCACCCAAUUUGAUAGUAUGUGAAAAGAAACGAAGAUUGGUUUCGCCGGAUACUGACGUCACUCGCCGGAAAAAGUUUAGGGGUGUACGUCAAAGGCAAUGGGGUCGUUGGGCAGCAGAGAUUCGGGACCCGACCCGGGGAAAACGGGUUUGGUUGGGAACCUAUGACACCCCGGAGGAAGCAGCUAUCGUUUACGACGAAGCUGCUGUUAAGCUCAAAGGUCCUGACGCCGUUACUAACUUUCCGAAAGUAUUAACGGCGGAUAUAACGGAAACGGAGUCUGUUACCGAAGGUGGAGAGAAAAGCGAAAACGACGUCGCUUUGUCGCCUACGUCAGUUCUCCGUAACGAUGAUUUUACGCCGUUUGACGAUUUGGGAUUCUGUGAAGUCGACGCUUUUGGGUUUGACGUGGACUCCCUUUUCCGGCUGCCGGAAUUUGGGAUGUCGGAGAAAUACUACGGCGAUGAAUUCGGCGAGUUUGACUUUGACGAUUUUGCUCUUGAAGCUCGAUAGUGUGGGCUAUUUGGUUGUUUUAGAUAAAAAUUGUGGCAUUUUUGUAAAUUGAGUCAUUGGUGAUGGUGACGUGGCAUUUUUGACGGGAAUAUAAGGUGAUUAGUAGCCGAUUUAUACGGCGAUUUUGUGAGAAAUUUUUGUACCUUUUUAAAAUGUUAACAUGUGAUUUGUGAGGGUCAAUUAUGUAGUAUGAAAAUUUUGUUUGGAGAAAUAGAGUUAAACUAGAUUUUGUUUGGAGAAAUAUUGUUUUUUUAUUCCAAUAAAACAUAAAACAAGAGACAAUUGUAUUUUCUAUUA